AUGGCGGUCUCCGGUGACCUGAAGGUGCUGCUGGGCGCGUCUGCUGCUCAUCCCAAGCGCACGUUUCGUCCGGCGCUUCGCCUGUUCCCUUGUUCUUCCUCUCCUUCCUGUAAGGUCAGUAAGAUUUAUGGGAUCUGUCUUGUCUGCUUGGAAACUGGAGCUCGAAUGGGCAUCUGUGGACGACUGCAUUGGCCGAAAUCGCCUCAUUCUUAGCGAGGAAGGCCAUCGGGGAGUUAUUUCGCCGACGAUUCCCGUAUUUCUUAGAUUUCUGUGGGCAUUUGCUUUCAUCGUGUUAUUUCGCCGGUAUGGGAGUAGAUGACGGUUCGAUCGAUGCCUCUCUGCAACAUCCCUGCGCCGACUGUGAAUGCCAGUAUCCCAUCCCCAAACCCUAGGAAAUGGAGAGUGAGCGCCAACGACAAACCCUCCCGAGCCUCCCAUUCCUGUCACCUUCGUCUUCGAAAAGGGUUGAUGGCUGCUGGUAAUAUAGUAAUGGCUCUCACGAAGAAUGUGCUGUUGGCCUGAAGUUCUUAUGAUUUUGACCAUGUUUUCAGUGAUCAUAAUCUAAUUCAGUCGGAAAACACAGGAGCCAAUCCCAAUUUGAACAGCUUUCAUCUGUGCAGUCCCAGUUGACCUAACUAGAGGGCGACCUGAUCAGGGGACGCAUGUGGAUUCCGGUGACCUAAACCCUAAUAUCACGGGCCCGCCAAGAUCUUCAGUUCAAACUGGGUUUGUGAAUAGCCAGUAGAUCAGAAUAGUUCCUUUUCAGUGCCAUGAUUUAGUUCUUAAAGGCGGACAGUUAUUGGAUUUAGUAUCUCAGAAAAGCAUUGAGUCAUACGAAAUUUUAUAUCAUGUUACCAUCUCAUGAUAUAAAAAUAGUCCCUUCUAUUUUUCUGUUGAUGUGUAUUUGCAGCAAAGGAUUAAAAUCCAAAACCGAUCAUCAAGAUUAAAUUGAAAAAGGUAUAGAUUAGGCUAUGUAGAAUACAUUGCAUUUUAUUGGAUAUUUUGCGGAUGUGUAUGGGCUACUUGAUUAUCAGUAACGGGAAUGCUUGCAGGUUUUUUUUUCCAUCAGAUUCAGUAUUCGGUACCAUUUCUAUGCAAUAAAUAUACCCAUUGAAAUGUUUCUUGAGCUCUGUUCUUGGGAUAUGAUCGGUCUUUACGAUUAUAUGAUGAUGAUGAAUUGCUUUUCUUGAGCACGAGUUUCCUUUCUCUUUUCUUUUUUGCAUUCUCUGGAGCUUCUUCUUGAUUCACCUCAUGGGAUUGGAGGUGUUCAUCGAGUAAUACCAAAUGAUGCAGGUGAGAUUUGGCGGCAUCCGUGGCGGGGGCUCGAGCUGUUUGGAGGUCGAGGGUCAUCUCCGGCGGCGAUGCUCCGGCAGCCGAAGAGAUGAGCUCUUCCCCGCCGGCGUGAACCAGGAAGCGGAGGGCUUCGUGCUGAGCGCGGUGACCAUGAGCUUCUUCGAGCGGCUGAGCCUGGCCUGGAGGAUCCUCUUCCCGACGGCCGCCGCCGUGCGGAACUCCAACGCGAAGGUGGCGAAGCAGAGGCUGAAGAUGAUCCUCUUCUCCGACCGGUGCGCCGUCAGCGAGGAAGCCAAGCAGAAGAUCGUCGGCAACAUCGUCGACGCCCUGUCGGACUUCGUCGAGAUCGAUUCGCAGGAGAAGGUCCAGCUGAGCGUCUCCACAGAGCCCGACCUCGGGACCGUCUACUCUGUCACUGUUCCCGUCCGCCGAGUGAAGCCCGAGCACCAAGACUACGACGGGUACUUGGAAACGGCGGAGGCCGACGCCGGCGCCGCCGAUCUGAGGUUCGGCUCUUCUGGCCUCUGA